AUGACUCAAACAACUAAAUGCUGUGGUUCAGGCUUUCUUAGAUUUUGUUGUCCAUCUAGAUCGACUUGUGGUUCAUACCCUUAUUGCAAUGAUUAUUAUUAUUUGGGAAAUCUGACACUUGCUGGACUAAUCGGUGUUAUUCCCGGCAGUAAUAUUGGAUGUAUCCUCUUAAUUGCAUUAUGCAGUUGUUUGUGUAAAACAAGACAACGAACAACAGGAUCACAUGCAGUGUAUUUACCACAAUCAUUUCAUAAUCCUGGUGUACAUCAAGUAUCACCACCACCACCGUAUACAUCUUAUAAAGCAUAA